CAGAAUCAUGAGGUACGAUUUACUAUUUCAUUUGCUGCUCCUCCUGCCAAUCUGCUCAGCUUACACUUACCAAAAUGUGGCUUUACGUGGCAAAGCUUCACAGUCUUCUCAGUACAAAGGGGAGCCUUGGAAUGCAUUUGUAGGUGCUUCCAAUGCUAUUGAUGGAAACCUAAAUGCUGACCUUACAAAGGGAUCUUGUACCCACACUGAUACUGAAAACAACCCCUGGUGGAGAGUGGACCUGCUGGACUCAUAUAUAGUCACCCAGGUCGUCAUCACCAACAGAGGAGACUGCUGUGCAGAGCAACUCAAUGGUGUGGAGGUUCGCAUCGGAAACUCUUUACGACAAGAUGGCACUGUAAACCCACUGUGAGUGAUUAUGUCAUGG